CAGGCUCACAGCCAGCAGCGGCUCCUUCCCGAUCAACUUUAAUACACCUACGUCCCUCGUCCCUACCUACUAUUAAACAUCAACGAUCCUUCAAUCUAGUCUAGCUAGCUACAUUCACAUAACUAAACUACCCCCACUCCCCCUACCUUCUUAUAUAUCCUCCCACGCCUAACCAAAUUCUCCACAAACACCAAAAUACUUCCCGGCUAAACUAAACUUCAUUUCAGUUGCCUACUGUGUAGGUUAAUACCAACGAGAGUGCAUAUAUACCACGGCAUGGCUGGGGAAGGCGUUAAUAAGGUGGAGGAGAUCAGAAAGGCCCAGCGGGCGAGUGGGCCGGCCACCGUGCUGGCCAUCGGCACUGCAACUCCGGCCAACUGCGUCUACCAGGCCGACUACCCUGACUAUUACUUCCGCAUCACCAACAGCGAACACAUGGCCGACCUCAAACUCAAGUUCAAGCGCAUGUGUGAAAAGUCGAUGAUAAGGAAGCGUUACAUGCACGUGACGGAGGAGUACCUAAAAGAGAAUCCAAACAUGUGCGCCUACAUGGCCCCUUCCCUCGAUGCUCGGCAAGACAUUGUGGUGGUAGAAGUCCCCAAGCUGGGCAAAGAAGCUGCCUCCAAGGCCAUCAAGGAGUGGGGCCAGCCCAAGUCCAAGAUCACUCACCUCGUCUUCUGCACCACUUCCGGAGUCGACAUGCCCGGAGCCGAUUACCAACUCACCAAGCUCCUUGGCCUCCGCCCCUCCGUCAAGCGAUUCAUGAUGUACCAGCAAGGUUGCUUCGCCGGCGGCACUGUCCUUCGUCUCGCCAAGGACCUCGCUGAGAACAACAAGGGCGCCCGCGUUCUCGUCGUCUGCUCCGAGAUCACUGCCGUCACCUUCCGUGGCCCCUCCGACUCCCACCUCGACUCCCUCGUCGGCCAAGCUCUCUUCGGCGAUGGAGCGGGGGCGGUGAUUAUUGGAGCUGAUCCGGACGAGAAGGUUGAGAGGCCUAUGUUCGAGCUCGUGUCGGCUGCGCAGACCAUACUUCCAGACUCGGAAGGGGCCAUCGACGGCCACCUGAGGGAAGUAGGUUUGACUUUCCACUUGCUUAAGGAUGUGCCCGGUUUGAUUUCUAAGAACAUCGAGAAAUCGCUCGUAGAGGCGUUCAAGCCCAUUGGGAUUAGUGACUGGAACUCGUUGUUCUGGAUAGCGCAUCCUGGUGGGCCUGCUAUUUUGGACCAGGUGGAGGAAAAGCUCAGGCUAAAGCCCGAGAAGAUGAGGGCUACUCGAGAGGUAUUGAAGGAGUACGGCAACAUGUCCAGUGCAUGCGUGCUUUUCAUAUUGGACGAGAUGAGGAAGAAGUCGGCGGAGGAAGGGAAGCUAACGUCCGGUGAAGGGCUGGAAUGGGGAGUUCUUUUCGGGUUUGGACCAGGUCUCACCGUCGAGACCGUCGUGCUCCAUUGCCUCCCUAAUGCUGUUGUCGCUACAGCGUGAUUUAUUAGCCCAGACCCUACCUAACAAGAAAGUGGGGGUAAAAUAAUAAAAAUGGAAUUAUGGAAGGACAUGGUUUUUUAUAUUCUAAAAUUACUCGUUUCUCGUGUUGAAUCUUCUUAAUUCCUUCUGUUCUGUUGUUUUUGGUUUAUUAUGUGUUGUGUGUGAGUGUUCAUUGUAUUUGAAAUUUAAGUAUGAUUUAGUUACCAUCAAUAUACAUAUAUACCAAUCUAUCAUUUGAUAUGAUCUAUGUUCUGUUUAUUUGUGGAAUUUACACAUGUAAUACAAACUGUUUAACCUAAAUUGGCUAUGUUUUGUUUAUUUGU